AGCAUUCUUCAUGGCUACGAGCAUGAUCGACUCUAUCGCCUCACACGAGCUGUAACUUCGCAGUAUCUCGAGGCUCCGUUUAUCUCGGCAACAUCGGGAGCUUCUAAGACUUUCUUCGAUGUCACCAGUGCUGAUGAUUUAUUUGAGUGGUUAAAGGGGCCAUUCCUUUCCGUCACUUACAUGGAUUCAACAAUGAAUAACCACAUAAUUGGUGGCAUACGCAUCGGCCAACUUCGUGUACACAGUUUCAAUUGUUCGUCUCGAGUGAGUCCAUUUUUUAGCAUGGAUAACGACACUUUUUACUGUCAUGGUUCAAGCGAUGGCGAUUUUACAUUAAACAUCGAGACGAAUGCUCCCAUUCAAGCAGCUAAUGGAGACCCCUAUACAUUCGAAGGACUCAAUGACACUGACACUGACAGCGAGCGCUCUGCUUUCUUCUCAACAAUGUCCGUCUCCAGUGCUCGAUAUUCCCUACCAGCGCCUGCGUAUUCCAUUGUACUUCCACGCUCGAAUGAAGCCCAAGCCUCCAGUAUUUUAGCAACACUCGAAAAGAACGGGUAUAUCGACGAGCAAACACGCGCUGUUAUGCUGGAUCUGGGUCUUUAUAAUGCAAUGUUACGUCACGUCAUAUCGCUUCGGUUCUUACUGGAACUCCCUGCUUCUGGUGGAGCUAUCGCCUCACUUAGCGCUGGUGUGGCUCCUGUCAUGAGUAGCUUCUUGUUAGAUGAGGAUCAUUGGAUAAUGUCGGUUUGCAACAUCAUCGUGAUGCUGUUUUACGCCUAUUUCUUUCUGGAUGAGGUUCUAGCUCUCGCACAUUCUCGAGCACAACAAUGGCAGCAUCAAGCAGUCUGGCAGAAAUCAGCUAUGAAGAAACCCAAUACUCGCAGAACGAGGCUCAGCUCUCGUCGUCAUGGUACAAUUGCCAGGCUUUUUGGGUUAUUUUGCUACGUCUGUACGUGGUUGUUGCGUUUAUUAGCCCAGGUUAAAAGACCUACUGAGCUGCCUCUAGAUUCGGACAAGUUUGUAUCUUUAAGGCCGUAUAUUGAGACCUUCCGCGCUGCUCAACUUGCAUUGGGUAUUAGCGUCUGUAUGGCAUGGAUUGAAUUGUUACUGAAGUUACGAGUAUCUCGACGUGUGGAUUUAUUAGUGCGUGCCGUGGAGUGCGCAGCGCCGCAGUUGAUUGUAUUGGCGUUUAUGGUUGCUCUGGUUGCCAUGGGGUACGCCAGUGCGUGUCUUCUUGUGCUAGGAGCGCAGUCACAACUCUUUCAAAGUCUACCGGAAUCACUUCGUUCAUUGCUGGCGAUCCUUCUUCAAACUGGUACAACUGGAGCUUUGUCGCUUUUGGGUUACUCGUCGACGUCUUUAGAACAAGUUGGCCACGACGCUGCAGGCACUUCGACGUUGACCACGCUACUACUGGCUUGCUUUCUUCUGUUUAAUGUAUUUGUUGCGGCAAACCUGUUUCUCGUUGUCAUUUACGAGGGAUACUUAAAGGCAAACCUGGAAAUCGAGGCAGAUUUUCGAUCGAGGAACAUUUCUUGCACAAAUGAUGAAGACAGCAUUGGCACUGCACCAAUGCACCUCGAUCUAGGACGUGAGAUUGGUGUAUACCAUCGUGUAUUGGCUGCGAAGUUAAUCAGCCUUGUACCACGUAAAUUGAGAAGAAAGAAGACAGUAAAGCAGAGUAUGGUACUGCCUUCUAACACGCUUCGAGAGAUGCCUCAGGAAGAUGAUAGUGAUGAACAGUAUCGAGGUAAUUCUUCAAUUAGACGUGAUAAGCACUACGCUCAAGACUCGGCAUAUUCCAGUCCGCAGGUGAGUUCACGCAAGCGCCAACAAGGUCUUAGCUCAUCAAGAGACAGCACAAGCCUGCUAGAAGGAAUGGUGUUACAGUUAGCGUUGCAGAAUGAAGCCUUGUUACGAGCGGUGAACGAGUUAAAGCAAGAUGCUCAACACAGUGACCAAGGCACUAGUGACCACGACCAAAUACGUCGAGGAGUUCCGAAUCCGACUCGAGCACAUAAGCCACGAAAGAUAUCGAGCCUUGUCACGAUCCACGAUACGUCAAAUAACCAACUAUUGUGA